AUGGCAGACGCCCCAGACCCCGAUGUCUCUGUACCUGAAGCAGAAACGCCCUCUCAACGUCAAGCGCGCAUACGAAGACAGAAGCGGGAGGCCAAGAUUACAAGUACUGCUGGAGAACGCCUCGAUAAGAUUACUCGUUUGAGUGGACGUACUCCAGAGAGCAUGCGCAAUGAAUCUCCUGUACCAACACCUCCUCGAACAAUUACACCAUCACAUUUUCCACCCUCUGGCGCAGCAGGCUACGACACUCCGGACCCAGAGCAAAUACGCUUGCAAGAACAAUACCUAAGAUCGAUGUUGAGACAACCACUGCAAGAAGGAUCAGAAAAUCAAGCACAACAAGAAGAGGACCCGAUGAUGAAAAUGAUGCAAGCCAUGAUGGCCAAUCUUGGAGGUGACCCGAACAAUCCCAACAGUUCUCCUGGGGAUUUUGGACUGGGUGCCGGAUUGUCAGCCGGAGAUCUUUCCAAGGCUACCGGACUACCGUCGUUUAUCACAGACAAGUUGUUUGGAGGACAAAAGGCACCACCCAGCAAAGCCGAGUUACAAGCGACACGAUUAUGGAAAGUAGUGCAGGUGAUUUUCGCCGUUGUGGCAGGUCUUUAUCUGGUCUGGAGCAUCCAUAAAUCGACACGAGCGUUUGGCGAAAAUCCGCCGGCUCCGGCAACCUUCCAGAAUCCCUUUAUCAUAUUCGCGACUGGAGAGCUGCUCCUUCAGACCACGAAAGUGGCAUCCAAAGGCCAUUCGGGUAGAAGCGGGACUGGCUUGUGGAUACAGGUAGUUAGAGAUAUCCUCGGCGACGGAGCGAUAUUGGUCUUCCUGAUGGGAGCCGCCAAAGCCUUAGGAGUACUGUAA